UAAAAUGAAAGAAUACAACGCAGAAAACUGCUAUUUAGGCACUGCCAAAUUCGUAAUGAAGUUCCUAGGAGUUUGGCUACCUAUGGAAAAUGAGCGAUAUUAUCGCAAAAUUCAUAGAACCAUCACGCUCUCCACGCAAUAUUUAUUUUUAUUGUUCCAGAUAAUUGAUAUCAUACGAGUUUUCGGUGAUUUGGAAGCUGUGUCUCAGGCUUCGUAUAUUUUAUUCACGCAAGCAUGUCUUGUUUUUAAAAUAACGCUUUUUCUUGCAACAAAAAAUAGUCUUCGACUGCUCCUGGAACAAAUGAAUUCUCAAGUUUUUAUGCCUCAAAGCACGGAGCAGGAAAGAAUCCUCAAGUUGCAGGCCUCUAAGAUCAAGCGGCUUCUCCUGGCGUUUGCUGUCAGUUCUCAGGCCACCUGCGGGAUGUGGGCGCUGAAGCCACUCUUUGAUGAUGCAGGGGAAAGGGAAUUUCCGUUUCGCAUGUGGAUGCCCGUCGGCACAGAGAAGUCUCUGGAGUACAUCGUCGGGUACGCCUUCCAGCUGCUCUCAGUCUGCACCAGCGCUUAUAUUUACUUUGGAGUCGACAGUGUAGCUCUUUGCAUGGUCAUUUUCGGAUGCGCCCAACUAGACGUGAUUAAAGAUAAGAUCGUCAAAAUCAAACCAGUUACAAUGGAAGACCGGGCAGCAAAAAGAGCAUUAAACAUUUUUAAAGAUAAUUACAAGAUCUUAGUGGAAUGUAUCAUACAACAUCAGAAAAUUGUAAAGUUCACAGAAAGGAUUGAAAACACUUACCACACGUAUUUGCUGUUCCAACUGAGCGGGGGGGUCGGUCUGAUCUGCAUGUCUGCUCUCCGCAUCCUCGUGGUGGACUGGCAGAGCAUGCAGUUCUUCUCCAUCAUCACUUACUUGUCUGUGAUGAUCAUGCAGAUGUAUGUGUGCUGCUGGUGCGGGCACGAGCUUACUGCUCAUAGUGAAGAGCUGUACUGGGUGCUGAGCGAGGGUCCGUGGUACGAGCAGAGCGUGCAGUUCCAGCGCGCGCUCUGCUUCACCAUGCUGCGCAUGCGCCGCCCCAUGGUGUUCCGCGCCGGACACUACGUGCCGCUGUCCCGGCAGACCUUCGUCUCCAUCUUGCGAAUGUCGUAUUCUUACUUCGCGCUGUUGAGGCAAACUCAUAAGAAUUAGAAGAAACUGAAAGUAUGUAGU